UCUGACCAUCUGUGCUUAGGAAUUGCCUCCUCCCUACCUCUGAACUCUCACUCUUUAACGCUGAGCACGUAGACGCACGCAUCCCAGCUCAACGCAUUCAGCACCAUGGCCCCCAAAAAGGUAGAGGCUAAGAAGCCAGAGUCCAAAAAGGCAGAGCUUGCCAAAAAGGAAGCAGCACCCGCUGCCAAGCCCAAGCCCACGCCGACCCCCGAACCUGUGGUCGAGGCCCCCAAGGAGCCUGACUUUGACCCCAAGAGCAUCACCCUCGAGUACAGCGCCGACCAGAUCGAGGAGUUCAAGGAGGCCUUCACCCUGUUCGACCGCACACCCAAAGGGGAGAUGAAGAUCACGUUCGCCCAGUGCGGCGAUGUGAUGCGGGCGCUGGGCCAGAACCCCACCAACUCUGACGUCCUGAAGGUGUUGGGCAAGCCUCGGCCCGAGGACAUGAGCAGCAAGCUGGUGGACUUUGAGACCUUCCUGCCAAUGCUGCAGCACAUUUCCCGCGCCAAGGACAAGGGCAACUUUGAGGACUUUGUUGAGGGCCUGCGGGUCUUUGACAAGGAGGGCAACGGCACCAUCAUGGGCGCUGAGCUGCGUCACGUACUGGCCACCCUGGGGGAGAGGAUGACGGAGGAUGAGGUAGACAGGCUGAUGGCGGGCCAAGAGGACGCCAACGGAUGCAUCAACUACGCCUCCUUCGUAAAGCACAUUCUGUCUGGGUGAGCUGGAUUUUUAGCAGAAGGACUUCAAUGAUUCUGUAUUUUUUUUCUCCUCUGGACCCCGUACCUGUCUCAUUAAUACCACUGCCACUUUAGUGGUGAGCAUGUCCCUAAAUGUACUGUUAUGUUUGUUGCUAAAAGCAGCUGGCAACAAUCAUGCCACAAAAUGUUGAUUAUGAGACCUAAUUUUUCAUUUUCCUUGAAUAAAAAAUGUACAGUGACAAAAAAAGUUAUUUAUAGAGAAAUGUUAAUGAGAUACUGAAGCCAUGAACAUUUUACAUUUAAUAAAUCAUGAAUAUUUUAAAUGUAAUAAAUAAAGCACAUCUGAUUAUAAAGUA